UCAAGCCUGUUCAUUUAUUAAAGGCCUCUGAGGUUUUACUAGGAUUAAAAGAGCAGGCGGGCUGUUUUAAUGUGAAACAGGAUUAGUAGAAAUCGAAACUUAGACCCCGCGCUCCCGCUGUUUACGCCCGUCUCCGCGAACUGCACUUUUAGACGCCAGCAUCAUCAGAGUUCAGCAUCAGACCGAACAAAAUCUGGACCGGAUCUGGACUGGACCUGGACCAGCUAGACCCCCACGUGUACCGGCUUUCUCCAUGGCAACCAUCACUGCACUCGCCUGGGUUCUACUGCUGCUCUCAGUGCUUGGUCGAUCGGUUUCCUCCAGCCUGCCCCCAGCGUCCAACCUGGCCUCUCCCACAUUCCAUGCUGUGGUCUCGACCCUGGUGGGCAAAGACACUGUCCUGCCCUGCUCCUGGCAGCAGCACCUGUCUCACUUGCCGCCUGUGCCUCAUGUGCAGUGGUGUUUAGAGUCCUCAGGGCCUGUCCUGGAGCAAAGGGGCUCGGAACACUGGGCCAGUGCGGAACUCUUAGACCGAGCUCGGGUCUCUGAAUCCGGGCUGCAGACUGGAGACUGCUCCCUGCUGAUCCGAGAUGUGCAGGUGAGCGACGGAGGCCAGUACCACGGAUACAUGAUCCUGGAUGAGGGCCAGUCCGGGACCGAGACUAGGACCGGGACUGGGGUCUUCAUCGGCAGUGUCAAGCUCCUAGUGUUCGAUCACCGCUCAGUGGAGACCAAACAUCCUGGUGAAGACCUGGUUUUGAACCUGUUCACUCCUCGCUCGAUGAGUCUGUUCUUCCAGAGCAGUAACAGCUCUGAGUGGGAGAUGCUGUGGACCAGAGAUAUACCAGGACCAGGAAUGGGACCAGGAUCUCGGGUCCAGAUGGACUCAGUGAAGAACCGGCUACUCCUGAGGUCUGUGUCCCAGUCCGAUCAAGGGAUCUACAAAGUCCUAGACCUCGACGGACUCACUGUGAGCUCCACGCGUCUGUCUGUGGACCAACAUGCAUCUACAGCUCAGAAGUUCACAUUUGAAAAUUACCUGAGAGACGAUGGAGUGAAAAUCACCCCGUCUGCUUUGCUCCUCGCGGCCUCUCUCCUUUUCUUCUGAACUCACAAAUUGAAGUCUCUCAGUCUCUCUGCCAAAACCACAACACAACAGCAGUUUUGUUUUGCAUGAUUUAAAUGACACUCAAGUCAAGAUGAAGCUACAGCAGCACAGGGGAUGCUCUGAGCAGAGAGAGGUUUGAGUCUCUAAAGAUGUUUCGAAGAGUGAGUGAUAAAGAGGUUUCACUGGACAGUUUGAAGCAGAGGUCUAGCUCCACUGUCCUCUGGUCCUGAGAGGGUCUAAAGUCCGAAGGGAAACUCAUGACUCUGGUGGCAGUGGCUCAGCCGUCAAAGUGCUUGCACUCCAGUCUGAAGGUUUCUGGUUCAAUCCCAGAUUUGUUGUUGUGUCCAAUUCUCCCACACUGUCUAGUAUGAAUGGGGUGUGUUGGUGGUCCAAUGGAUAAGAGGGCAUCUGAAGCUGGAACAAUGCCAGAAAUGGUAAAGUGAUUUUUUUUUUCUAUAAAAAGACUAAAACUAUUACGAAACAAUUGUAUGAAUAAAAUAAAGCGUUUGAUUUGUAGACCUUUUUGGAUCAUCAAAGAUGCAUUACAUGGCAUUAUUCACUCACUCCACACUGAGGUAGAUACCACUGUAGCCACAGCUGCCCUGAAGCAGACUGACAUGAGCAAGGCUGCCAGUCUGCACCAUCGGACCCUUCCACCACUAAGGCACACACACCACAUUUACAUGUAUGGAUUAUGGGUGCCUUGUCCAUGGACACAAUGACUGCAUGCACUGGUUGAAGAAGGAUUGAACUGGAAAUAUUUCGGUCUGUGGGUCAACUGUCUGACUACUGAUCCCCAGCUGCUCAUUUAAAACUUUUUUUAAAGUUUAAAGUUUUUAAACUAUAAAUGGGCGUUGUAUUGUAUUUUACAGUUGAAUGGCUCUGAGUUACAUAUGCUAAUCAUCUGCGGUCAAACGGUGUGUAGGAAAAAUAAUGGGGGGGUUUUUAUGCCUGGAAUCAGUAGAUGGCAUGUGACUCUGUUGCCACUCGUAAAAUACUACUAUUCUUUUGGGGGCCUACAAAAUCUAAUGUGCAAUUUCCAUCAAAUACACUGAAAUAGGAAUUUGUAACUGAAAUGAAAUUACUUGAAUUGAAAAUAUUAAUCUUAAUUUCACAAUGUGCGAUUUACUUACCUACAUCAAAUUGUCCAAGAUGACUAAAGAUGAAUGCUUUGAAUUCAAGUCUUUUAAAAACAUAAGUUUGUGACAGAAUCAACUCAAAGAAUGUGAAAAUCUCAGGGUUGCUUGAAAACACAGGAACCAGUCAAUCAAACGUGAGAACAAAUAAUUAUCUGCGUGAUUUUAAAUUACUUGAAUUCAGAUAACUUUGUAUGCAAUCAAAGUUAUCUGAAUUCAAGUAAUUUAAAAUCAUGCAGAUAAUUGUCUUUCUCCAAAGUCUUGCAUCUGCUCCACACCACAUGCUUUUCCUGACAAAAUAUUGGCUCUAGACCUCUCCAUGGCACUCAACACUGUUCGAAGUCGACUCUGGGUUCCACAAGUAAAUUUCUCAUUAAUUUUUCCUAUAGACCUUUCAAAAAAUUAAAAUAUUAAAAAGUUCAAAGGCAUCGUGGAGGCUAACCAGCUAUGUGCUAACUACUAUCAUAACUCAGUUUAUAAAGUUUCAGAAACACAUUUUAAAUACAAUUAUAGGUCUUGUGGUCAUUAGUUGUUAUGUUGCUAAUUAGCCCUGAUCUGAUCGACCUUUUAAAAUACAUUGUUUCUCUGAAAGUCUAUGGGAAAAAUGAAUGGGAAAUGUAUUUCCAGGACCAGAGGCGGGCGGUUACUGUUGAGCUCCAUUAAAAAGACCCAUGGUGAUCACUGAUGAUUUGAGAAAUGGUUUUGAUUUAGUUGUGAUGAAUUCCACAGCCUUAUCAGAAACAUCCAUAUUUUGAAAAAUCACACAUUAAAAGAUUAAAAUACAGUAGAAAAAAAGAGUCACUAAAUAGUUAUGUUUUGUGUUCUAAUUCAAGUAAUUUGAAUUCAUUAGAGAUGCAUAUGAUUUUGUAUGUAAUAAUUUCAAGUUUGUACAACUUUGGUAAAAUACAGUUUAGAUGUAAAGUUUUGCUUGUUCUGUAGCACUUUAACAUGGGUUAUGGGUUAACAACAAAAUAAUUUAAAUCAUUACCGUUUUAAAUACUGAAAUAAAUUAAUUAUUUAAUCUGUC